AUGCGGCGCCGCCCGCUGCUGCCGCUGCUGCUGCUGGCGCUGUUGCGCGCGCACGGCCUGCUCGCCGCGUCCGGAGAAGCCGAUUACACACUUGACGAUUCGUUUUGGAAUGAAGAAAGCCCAGUUGGUGAAGUUGAGCGGCUGUUACGCGAGUACCGCCAGAACCAGGAGCUGGUGCGGAAUAUCGGUGCCCACUACUAUCAGAUCAUUUACCCCGUGCAGCUGCGACACCACGAGAAAAUGGGCAUUUCCACGCGCGAGGUCAACACUCCCAAGGGCAGAGGUUACGACUACCAGCAGGGCACAAGGUCACGCGCUAGGACUGGCAAACACUUUCAUAGGACUUCACUUCUCAUCAAAGCUUUCAAUCACAAGUUCCGACUGGACCUUGAGCUUAACACGCAACUGCUAGCGCCCAAUCUAAAACAAACGCAGUACUUAGCAAAUGGUGCCGAGAGCGACAUCAGAACUGAAAUUGAGCACUGCUACUAUCACGGCACGGUGAAGGACUACCCAGGGGCGUCAGCAGCAUUCCACACGUGCAACGGAGUGUCAGGGGUCAUUCACAUCGGCAACGAGACCUUUGUCAUACACCCCUUCUACGGGGGUGACCUAUCGAAGCACCCACAUGUGAUCUUUGAGGCGCGAACGAAGGCGAACAAGGGCUGCGCCAACAAGCUGGAGUUCCGGCCCAAGAGUCGCCGUACUAAACACGUGCCCUUCGUUGAGGAACCGCUCGCUGAUGACCCUGGCAAUAUGGACUCGACAACAAGAACGAAAGAAGAACGAGCGUGGCGAUGGUGGCAGGACGCAGGGUUGCGCGCACUGAACAGACGCAGGCGUGACGUCAGAGAAACCACGAAGUACAUAGAGACAGCCCUGGUGAUUGACAAGGCUAUGUUUGACAGAAGAAACGGCAGCACCAGGUCGGAGGUUGUCCAUGAUGCUAUUCAAGUGGCUAACAUUGCUGAUCUGUAUUUCCGUACGUUGAACACCCGGGUAUCCCUGGUGUACAUCGAGUCCUGGCAGAGUGCAGACCAGGCAGACAUCGACCGAAAGCAGGACAUCACCCGCGCCAUACACAAGUUCAGCGACUACACUGCUCGGAAACUGUUCAAGAUUGAGAAAGACACUACACAGUUGCUCACCGGGCUGACGUUCCCGGGAGGUGAGUCCGGGAUAUCAGUCCCGGACACGCUGUGCACGCCCAAGUCUGUGGGCAUAUCCGUGGACACCAACACUUACGAGCCCCACCUGCUUGCUGGGACCAUGGCACAUAUGAUUGGACACAAUAUUGGUAUGGGCCACGACGACGGUCGGGAGCAAUGCUUCUGCCGCGACUGGCACGGCUGCAUCAUGGCGCAGUCCAUCGUGGGCUCCGACAACGUGCAGCCCUACAAGUUCUCCGACUGCUCCAAGAAUGACUACAUCAACGAACUCAGGGUCGGACAGGGACUGUGCUUGCUCAAUAAACCUAAUGAGUUGGUGAUGCACCAUUUAUGUGGCAACGGACGGCUGGACGAGGGCGAGGAGUGUGACUGUGGCACUCUAUCGGAGUGCCAGAACAGUAACCCGUGCUGCGACCCCUUCACCUGCCGCCUCACCAAGGAGUCGCAGUGUGCUUCUGGAGAGUGCUGCGAAAGGUGUCAGCUGAAACCACGUGGCGUGACCUGCCGGGACGCUACCAAUGAAUGUGAUCUAGAAGAGACAUGUACGGGCCUGUCCGGAGUCUGUCCUCCUGACGCACAUCGGAAGAAUGGCGAGCCCUGCCAGGCCGGCAAUGGAGCCUGCUUCUCGGGACAGUGUCCCACAUUGUCCCUCCAAUGUGAGAAGAUCUGGGGCCAAGGGUCAUUAGGAGCUAAAAAGGAAUGCUUUGAGGAGUAUAAUUCUAAAGGAACUGUGACUGGACAUUGCGGAAAGGAUAACAGCGGACAUUUUAUUAAGUGUGAUCCUGAAAAUGCUCGCUGUGGUUCCCUGCAGUGUCAGCUGGGUAACCGCUACCCCAUAGUGCCGGGAAUGGACGACUAUUACACAAAAAUCUACAUCAACAACAAGGGUACCGAGUUUGAAUGCAAAGCCACGACAGGUCUUCCAAAACCUUCGGAGAUAGCUCCCCUCGGGCUGGUGAGGGACGGCACCCCGUGCGGAGACAAUCUCGUCUGCGUCAACCAAACCUGCACCUCCAUCUUCACAUACAUCGACCACAUCAAUAAGUGUCCUACUGACGAUAAAAACAACGAGUGCUCUGGAAAAGGGGUGUGUUCGAACCUGAACCAGUGUGUUUGCAACCGUGGCUGGACAGGUCCAGACUGCUCACACCACGACGAACUCCCCCCUUCCCCCACUCCAUAUUAUGUUCCAGACAACAGCACAAAAGCUGCCUAUAACAUGACCAAGAAGGAAACACCGUAUGAGAACUACCACGGCUCGAACACGGUUUUCCUCGUGGCGGUGCUCAUGUCUGUGGUAGGGGGGGUAUUCAUAGUAUUUGCCCUGAGCGCUCUCUGCUACAGGUCAGUCGUAGUACACAAAAACUUCUCCCUGUGCCUAAGGAAAAAGAGUACGUCACGAAAGUACGACCCGCCUUACGUCAAGAAGCCGAUUGCGAAGAGCUUCGCAGCCGGCUCCACCACCUCUAACAACUCCCAAGAAGACAUUUCUCUGGACGGAGGGAAGAUGCACUCCUUCAACAACACGUUCAGUCGGGGAGACUCCCAGCGCGUGAUCUUCAGACAUGGCAACCACAUGUCAGGCUCUGGCAGUACCAGUAGAUACCCAGAUCACAAACAAAUGAAAAGAGUUCACUCUGGCAGUGAAGACGAGCCCACUCAUUCAGGUGAAGAAGACAUAGCAUUUAUUGACGUAGCCCAGAAUUCAAUGGCAAAACUUCCAGAAAAGGGAAUCCUAAAGAAGCAUGGAUAUGGUGCAGUAGACGGCAAGGACAAGUGGGGAGAUGACUCCCAGUCUGAACAACUGGAAGCUGGUUCUCAAUCUGAUGGACAGGAGCCGGCUGGAGCCGUCGCUGAUAUGGAAUAUAAGUUUAAGGACCUAAAUGGAUACCAUGAAAAUAUAAUCGUAGCACUAAAGACUGCUGCGGCCCAACGUGCUGCGGGUGCAGGGGGCAUAGCGGUCGGCUCCGGAGACCUGCGAGCAUUGCAAGAGUAUGAGUACAAUAAGCGAGAGCGAGCGCCCUCUGCUGAGAAGAUCCACGAAACUGAACUUCGCCGACAGCGCAAUGAUGACGAGGAAGAUGAACCUCCACAAUGUGGACCUAUCCGCAUUCGCAACCUUGAGGAUCUCAUCCGACAGCUCGAGCACCAUUCCAGCAGACACAUGAGCCCCUCAGGAUCCGAAGAUAUCAGGAUGUCGGAGACAGAGGCCGAUAGACACUAUAGAAUUGAACCUGGAGAUAUAGCAGCCGCUAGAUGUCGCGGUCGUAUCGGUGGCGGCGAAGAGGAGUCUCGGUUCGGCUACCCUCGGUUCCGCGGCAGCGGGCGCCACCACGGGCCGCUGUUCGGCGGCGCGGCGGCGGGCGCGGGCGCCGCGCUGCCCCCGCACGCGGGCCACGCGCUGCCCGCGCCGCACGCGCCGCACGCGCCGCACGCGCCGCACGCCCCGCACGCGCCGCACGUCCCGCACGCCGCGCACUCCCCGCACGCCGCGCACUCCGGCCUGGCGGGCCACGCGCGCCCGCCGCCCGACGACGACGCGCUCUAUGAGACCGCCGACGCCGAAAGACUUCGGGAUGCCCCCGACAGUGAGAGCUCAACAACAGUUAGCCCGGUGGGCGAGUGA